AUGGAGUCUUCACAGGAGACCCUGGAGGAGAACGCAAGAGAGCUGAGGGCUGCGUGGACGCCUCCAAGGGCCCAGGAGUGGAGAGCCAGCACUGAAGUCAAGAAAAUGGUCCCACAUCUCAGCUACGACUCCCACAACACAGGACUCCAUCAGAAGCAGACGUCCCUGAGGAGGGAACUGAGCUACUCUCUAGAAAGAGGGCCUCAGGUCAGCGUGCUGGUGGGAGCGCCGAAGGCCAACACCAGUCAGCCGGGAGUGGUGCAGGGUGGUGCUGUCUACUUCUGUCCCUGGAGCGCCAGCCCCGGCCAGUGCACGCCCAUCGGAUUUGACAGCAAAGGCUCCCGGAUCCUGGAGUCCUCAUUAUACAGCACAGAGGGACAGGAACCCAUGGAAUACAAGUCCUUGCAGUGGUUCGGGGCCACAAUCCGAGCCCAUGGCUCCUCCAUCUUGGCAUGUGCUCCGCUGUACAGCUGGCGCACAGAGAAGGAGCCACCAAUGAGCGACCCCGUGGGUACUUGCUACCUCUCCACCGGCAACUUCACCCGCAUCUUGGAGUAUGCACCUUGCCGCUCAGACUUCGGCUCUGCAGCAGGGCAGGGUUACUGCCAAGGCGGGUUCAGUGCUGAGAUCACCAAGACCGGCCGCGUGGUCCUGGGUGGCCCAGGGAGCUACUUCUGGCAAGGCCAGAUCCUGUCCGCCACUCAGGAGCAGAUUGCGCGCUCCUACUACCCCGAGUACCUGAUCAACCUGGUCCAGGGGCAGCUGCAGACUCGCCAGGCCAGCUCCAUCUACGAUGACAGCUACAUGGGAUACUCUGUGGCUGUGGGUGAAUUCAGUGGUGAUGAUUCAGAAGACUUUGUCGCUGGUGUGCCCAAAGGGAACCUCACCUAUGGCUACGUAAGACCCAGCCUAACCCCUCACUCACCUCCCCUCGCUGAGCACAAAAACCCAUACAUGGCAGUUUUGGAGGUCUCCCAAAGUGGAUCAGAACUUGGGCUUUGGAGUCAGAAUUCAGUUCCAGUUCUCUGGCACUUAGUCUGGAUCAGUCUUCUGUUCUCUAUUCAUACCCUGCUUCCUGCUUGACCUUGCUAAGCCUCUUUCUUCUCUAUACGUCUAAUGGGAUAAUAAUAGUCCUGACCUCGUGAGGCUCUGGUAAUGGUAGUGUGAGAUAAUGCAUGUGAAAAUACUUAGGGAGUUGUUAGGCGGUGUGCCAUGGGUGGCCGUUAUUAUUAGACCAUGACAAGUGCCCUACAGAUAAGAGUACCACAGGCAUUUCUUCAAUUAACAGCAUGUAUGGAGGUGAGGUAGAAGAUAGGAACAUGAAAAAGACUUCACGCCCCAUUUUUUUCUGCUAAUCGGGGCCUGGGAUUUAGCUCAGUGGUUCUGCCACCUGCCUUGCAAGUGCAAGGACCUGAGUUCGAUCCCCGGUCUCCCCCCAUCAAAAAAAAAACACUGCUAUUCAAGUAUGCAAGAUAAGACACACAGUCCUCAUCUCAGGUGGAACCACGACCUGUGAGCCCUACCUGUGGCAGGCAUGUGAUUUUUCACAAGUCUGGAUUUUUUUUGUUUUGUUUUGUUUUAUUUUUUGAGACAGGUUCUCACUAUGUAG